AUGAAUCUGCCUUUUGCUAAUUCGUCACCUUCCUACUCUUUGAUGCACCUACAAGGCAACAAAAGUAAUAUUACCGGGAAUUUAACUUCGAACGAAAGCGCGAGUGUUCCAGGCAGUUUCUGCACAAGCCCUUUAGAAAAAUACGAAGCUCUGAGAUUCAUUGUCUUGGCGUACUACAUCGUGGUGAUGGUCUUGGCCAUACUCGGCAAUACUUUGAUCAUCUAUAUCGUGUACUCCAACAGGACCAUGAGAACCUCUACAAACAUCUUUAUCGCCAACAUGGCCGUCUGUGAUCUUGGGAUACCGUAUGUACUUCUUCCAAAGAGAAUAGUGGAGUYGUUCAAUGGAAAAUUUGCGUGGCUGAUACCAGGAGAUAUUGGACUUAUUCUCUGUAAACUGGUACCUUUUGUUCACGAUGUUUUCGUCGACUGUUCUACCUACAGUCUUCUUCUCAUCACAUUUGAUCGGUUUUGUGCUGUGUUGUUACCACACAAGCGUCACUUGUUGUCUAACAAGGUUYUCAUYAUCCUGAUCUGCUGCGCAUGGAUCGCCUCGAUCAGCGUAGACGCUGUUUUCUUCAAAGUAUUUACCCCAGUUUACAAGGAAGAUGGAAAGUUGUAUUGCGUUCCUGAUUGGUGGAGCAAGUCURCAGCCGAUGCGUUUAUUAGAGCUCUCAUAUGCACCAACAUUAUUGCUCCCAUCAUACUUAUAACCUCUGCUUACUCUGCCAUAUUCUAUAAACUYAAAAGACAAGUCCAAAUUCUUGGGAACUCGAUCUCAGACCAGCUUCGACGCCAGGAGUGUCUUCGACAAAAGAAGAUCGUCAAGAUGACCUUCGCCAUCGUCUGUACUUUUGGACUUUGUUGGCUCCCAGUUAUUUUUACAUCACUCUUGCGUCCGUCUUACAGUUUGUUCGCAAAUACAACGCGGUACCCUUGUUGGAUUUACGAGUUUGCUAAAGUAUCUGAGAUCAUUCAGAUUCUUUCCUCGGUUACCAACCCAGCUGUUUGUUUUAUAUUUGGCUUAAAAUUUCGCGAGGAAUUUCUUCGCAUAUUUCAGGCUUUUCGUAUCUGCUGCUGUCGUGGAAAUCGAAAGGUUGGUAACAAUGUUAGAGGUAACGAUGAAGGUGAUGCUGGCGAAGGAGAGGUCGAAGUAAGAGAGCCUGUAAUUCCAAACUAG